UUGAUUCAUUCACACAAGUUUAAAACAAAAACCCUGCAUAUUUAGGCUGAGUUCUGGAAUUGCCUCUAUUGUCUCUUCUGAACAAAAUGUAAAUAGUAGCUGUUAACUCGAAAUGAACAAAACACAACUCCAGUGUAAAUCCCUUCUUCAUUUGACAGUGGACUUCAGGCUACUUGCCGUUUCUCGACAUCUCUUCAUCCGCUGUUGCGCUGUGUAAGAAAUAUGCAUAAAGGAUUAAAAGGAAGCAAUGGGAGCAUGGCAGAAGGAUGAGAUAGAUAUGUGCAAACACGUGAGUAAUGCUGUGGACUGGCUGUGAGGUGAGGUAUACGGCAUUUCCUAUACUCUCCCCGGUAACGCAGGUGGGCGAUCCGUUUGCGUGUGUGGGUGAGUGGGUGAGACGCAUCUCUGCUGACACCUCCGCACAAACGGUGUGAAGCAGAGAGAGAAAGAGAGAAAGAAAGAGAGAAAGAGAGAGAGAAAGAGAGAGAGAAAGAGAGAGAGAGGGAGCACAGUGCGGAGAAAUGUAGGAAAAGAAGAGACAGAACACAAAGAGGACAGACGGACCAAGAGAAGGCAGAAGAUAUAUUUGACUAUGUGGGUGUGUGGACAGCUAAGACAUGCAUCAUAAUUGUGGAUCUGUCUCUGAGCAGCCGGACAAGUCACAGACACAGCAGGACGCCAGUGGUUGAACAAAGUGUGGAGCCUAUUGUACUUGUAAUCACUGGGCGCGCUGACUUCAGAGGAGAGAGAGGCUUUGUUUUCCUCAGACAAAAUGGAAACGCUCUCUGUUACGCUGUGUAAAAGAUCCAAUUAACCAGGAUUCAAAUCAUUCCAAGGGAUCAGAGAUGGUGAAUGUGCUGAUCAAGUGGUGUGCCUGGGAAAUAUCAUGGAUGAAUAUUGAGCAGUCAUUUAGCUUUUGGAGACAGAAAAUGACUCCUGAAAGGCCAGUAUUAGCUGUAGUCGUCCCACGCUGUUUCCCGUUCCCAUGGAAACCAGUGCCUAGUGCUAAAUGCAGUUCUCAUCUGUGACACCAGUAUGGCCGUUGGCUCUGUCAUCAUCUGCCUGGUAUCUCUGUUGAGCCAGGCUUCGGCCCAGGUCUCCCCCCCUCCUCCGCGGGGGUGCAGUGUGGAUGUGGACCCUCCCUACAGAGUUCUGUGUGAUCUAGAGGCCGUGUGGGGUGUGGUGCUGGAGGCAGUGGCCUGUUGUGGGGGGCUCACCUCUCUGGUCGUCUCAGUCUUCAUGUUGGUCAAACUGCGCUCCAUAUCGGACCCAGCUCGGCGUUCUGGCCUGGGUCCUCUCCUCUUGCUCCUGACCACUCUCUUGGGGCUGUUCACCAUCUCUCUGGCCUUUCUGGUAGGGAAGAACCAGUGGCUGUGUGUGGUGCGCAGGGCCUUCUGGGGACCCCUCUUUGCCCUGUGCUUCUCCAGUCUGGUGGUGCAGGGAGUGAGACUGCGGAGGCUUGUGGCUGGAAGGACGAGCCCCUCAGGCAGCACACUGGCAGCUCUGGGCCUGGCUCUGGCCCUGGUUCAAGGCAUCAUUUCUGCUGAGUGGGUUCUUCUGACAGUGAUCAGAGAGGGCCACCCAGCUUGUGAAUACCCACCUUUGGACUUUGCCCUUAUUUGCAGCUACACACUGGGCUUGCUCCUCAUAGCGAUGGGCCUAUCUUUAGGGGUGGUCCUGUGUGGAGGGGAGCUGGGGGCAGAUGGAGGAGGCAGUGACGAUGACAGAGAGUCUGAAAGUGAGAAGAGGAGGUGGAAGUGUAACGCUGUGUGGCUGUUCCUAUCCUGCCUCACAUCAGCGCUGCUUUGGGUGGCCUGGCUUGGCUUCUAUCUAUACGGCAGCCAGGCGCUCAAGGCCAAGGCCAAAGCAGAGAGAUCUGGGAAAGGAGAGAACAGAGACAUGAGGGUGCUGGAUGAACCUGCUCUUGCUGUGGCUCUAGUGAUCCAGGGCUGGAUUUUACUGCUGUUCCACGCCAUCCCAGAGGUACACCUGAGCCUCAGGACACCCCUUGAGUCGGCCACGCAGGACUACUAUGAGACCAGUAAGACCAGCGCCUCUUCCCACUUUGAAGAAACAUCACACUCUCACAGACCCUUUGCAAUGGAGGACCAGAAUGAAAGUCUUCGUAGUGGGACAUAUCACAGCAGCCAUGGAAGCGUGCGACCUGGUGUUGCCUUUAGAGGUCAUGUCUACCAGCCCACUGAGAUGGCUCUAGUAAUGAAUGGCGGCACAAUGCCCACGGCUCCAGUUAACUACACAGGGAGAAGGUUAUGGUAAAUGAAUCAGAUAGACAUUUGUGUUUUCCAAGAAUAAGAAACUCUGCACUGCACUGAGAACAUAACAAUGAAAGCUUUGUGAUGGGUUUGAGAUGUUUGAGGAUUGUGCACAACUUUAUUCCAAAAUCUGAAAAUGGGUCUUUAUAGGUAAGGUGUCAGUAACAUAGUGUAAAAGCUGGUCUUUAGAUUAUUUAUGCUGCUGCUGGGAAAAAUAAAUAUUUGAAUGUAGUAAUAAGAAGCCAUUUUGCCUGAUAGCUCCAAGUUCAAAUGGUUGCCAUAGCUAUACACGUUUGCAUUUUAGCUCUGCCACAAGUUACAAACUUGGAUGCUAUCAUAAAUUAUUCUGCAUUUAAAGCCUAUAGCCUUUGUUUCCAAACUUCACUAUUGAGCUCUCUACCAAUGCUACUAUAGAUGUAAUUUUGAGAUUUGGGGUGAAGCAAGAAGCCAUCUAUUAGUGCACUGCAAAUAUGACAGUGUGAUAUAGAAUGUUGCACUUUAUCUAAUGUUGUGAGUGCUUUUUAUGAGUCACCUGAAUUGCAUGAAACGGGUGAUGUAGUCAAUUUGUAUUUUCAGUAUUUCAUUGUAUUUUGGUCAAUGUACAGAAAUACAUGUAAAUGUUUACAAAUCCUUGUAAUUGGUCAAGCUUGUACCUACAGUUUAUUAUGGCAAUUUAUACUCAAAGCUCAGAUCCGUUUCACCUAGGUUUCUACCAUUCUACCAGACACAUUGUUGCUAUUUGAAAAACAGUGUUUGUAAAAGUGAAUUACUGAACCACACAAAACAAGAUCUUGUAGUGCUUAAUAUUCCUUGCGUUUAAUCUUAGUGCUCAGUAGGCUAUGUUCACAUUUUUUGUGCUUUGACGACAUACUGAAUGCAUUUUUGUAUGUGUUUUAUUAUUAUUUUUUUUAAUUAAAGUAUAAUACAGUAUUUUAAUGGUUACUGUUAUAUGGCAGCUUUACAUGAGUUGUACGUGUUUAGCAGAGCGUGAUUUAUACAUUUGUUGAUGGUCCUAAACUGCCUUCUGAUCUGGUGGUACCAAUCUCACAGAAUGUCAACUUAUUAUGUAACUUUAAAAAGUUGCAGGCAAUAUUUUAAGAGCACAAACCAGUCAAGUUUACAGCUGUAUCUCUGUUGUGCAAAUUUUAGAGCUAUUAAAUAAAAGU